AAGACAUAUGUGCAGUAAAAGUGAAAAGUGAAAGGGAAGUAAAAAGAAAAAAAAACAAUGUGAUUGAUCUUUCUUGUCUUUCAGUGUGGUAGUCUCUUGUGAAGAGGUGGAUGUCUGUACAGACAUUGUAGAAUCAGGGAAGCCAUCUGAUAAAUUCACUCUACCCUACUGGUUUUGCAUACACAUUGCAGAUGCCCCAUGCAGCAGUCUCAAUACUUUGCUACAGCACUGCAACACAGAAAAUUCCUCAUCCUAACGUGAGAAAUUGUAAUGUUUUUAUGAGUAUGUAAAGACACGUCAGGUCAUGAUGUAGAUUCCCUGGAUUCCUGUUGUUUUGCGUACUAUUCCACCCGAGUGAGGAUGUUCCUGUUUGGCACGUCUCCUGUACUUUGUCCUGCUGAUGGCUUCCACCUUGGUGAGUGCCACUGUGUCAAACAGCUUCAGAUACUGCAUCCAUUUCUUCUACAUGCAGACCCCACCUGUAGGCAUUAGGGGAACCAGCUUGAGGAAGAUCUGUCAGAAGUACAAGGACACGCUGCACUAUGCCACGUUAUAUGACAGCAGCCAACGCCUUCCGCUCUAUUCAGCCUACGUUUUUAAGAAGUCUGAUGGGAAGAGGAAGAUGGACACACCUUGGAUGUAUGAGCCUCAGGUAAUCAUCAUUGUAAUUAUAAACCAAUUAAUUGUUUCCUGUCAGUUGAUUUCUGAUGAUGAAGGUGGCAAUAUGAAAGCCCUUCCCCUGACGGACACCACCCACCCCCUCAUUGAGGACAGCCAGGCUGUAUUGGAGGACUAUACCGACGCUGUUGGGUACAGACGUGGACCAUUGAAUCCUGACUUGCACCAAGCAGAUCCUGAUGACAAGUCCUCUACCUACACCCUGACCAGUGUGGUCCCAUUUAUCACAGAGUUCCUGGAUUACUCUUGGAAUCCAUACUUGGACACUGUCCGCCGGCGUCUUAACAACUUCUGCAACGGGAAAUCAUUUAUAGUGACAGGUGUCAUGGUCUCCGGAGUGACCAUCCAGCAAGAAAACACAAACCGCUUAGCAAUCCCGAAGUACUUAAAGACUCUUUAAAUAGACAUUUAAAAUAGACAUUUGCAUGAUAAGCUCUG